AUGCGGGGCGCUAGGGGGAGCGAUCCGCGCCAACGCCCCCUCGACCAAUCAGCGCGCGGCUUUCGGCCCUCUCCGGCUCGCCCGUCUUCCGGACGUCUCCCACUAUUUAACCAGCGCUCCCUCCGCCCCGACCUACUCACCCAGCUCACAAGCAUCUCCCUCACCUCCGGCGAAAAACACACCAGAGCUCACCUCUCCCCUCGCUUCCUCGCGAAAAUGUCGACUGAAGUGGCUGCCGCUGACAUCCCGGUGCCUCAGGUGGAGGUAGCCGCCGACGCCGCCGUUGACACACCGGCGGCGAAGCCGGCCAAGGCGCCCAAGGCGGCCAAGGCCAAGAAGUCCACUGGCCCGAAGAAGCCCCGCGUCACCCCGGCCCACCCGUCCUACGCCGAGAUGGUGUCGGAGGCGAUCGCCGCCCUGAAGGAGAGGAGCGGGUCGAGCACCAUCGCGAUCGGCAAGUUCAUCGAGGAUAAGCACAAGGCGCACCUCCCGGCCAACUUCCGCAAGAUCCUGCUGACCCAGAUCAAGAAGCUCGUCGCCGCCGGCAAGCUGACCAAGGUCAAGGGCUCCUACAAGCUCGCCAAGGCCCCCGCCGCCGUCAAGCCCAAGACGGCGACCAAGAAGAAGCCCGCCGCCAAGCCCAAGGCCAAGGCGCCAGCCAAGAAGACGGCCGCCAAGUCCCCGGCCAAGAAGGCCGCCGCGAAGCCCAAGGCCAAGGCCCCAGCCAAGGCCAAGGCCGUCGCGAAGCCCAAGGCGGCGGCGAAGCCGAAGGCGGCUGCCAAGCCCAAGGCCAAGGCUGCCGCCAAGAAGGCGCCUGCUGCUGCGACCCCGAAGAAGCCUGUUGCCCGGAAGCCGCCCACCAAGAGGGCGACGCCGGUGAAGAAGGCCGCUCCGGCCAAGAAGCCCGCGGCCAAGAAGGCCAAGAAGUAG